AUGUCCGUCCUUGCCCCGUUUCCUGCCGGGACCGAAUCUGUGAAAGCUUCGCGCCCGAGGAACGAGAUCGAGAAAGGUUUCCAGGGGGAUGUCAACCCAAAUCCACGCGCGCACAGCUGGCCUGUAAAAUCUCUCCCGGUUCUGGAACUUUAUCCGCCAUUCUCGUCAACCGAGCUGGAAGCAACCCCCCCCUCCCCUGGCGCUGCUCGGUCCUCUCCCCCGGCAAAACACGACGGGGCCGGCCCCUCAAAAUUGGCAACCAAGGGAAGCGGCCCAGCUCUCUUCCCUCCCAGGUCAGGAAUCUACGCGCGCGCGAACACCUUCCCCGCGGAAAAGUUCGAAUCUGUUCGACAUCAUCACACGGAGCGUCGGGCACUCCGGUCCAUGCAUACUUUCCCUAGGUACAAGCCCUUGGGAGGCGACAACUCGCGGGGCUUCUUUUGGGACCCGUCCGACCCAAGCGUCGCGCAGCCGCUUAGCAGGGCCAGCGAUCCCUGGGGGGUACUUUCUAGCGGCCGACGAGGGAGGGAUACGGGUGAAUGGAGCAUGGCCGCAUCUGCGACGUCAUCUGACGUGUUCUACUCAAACCUGCCGUCCAUUGUCUCCCUGGGUUCCUCAGUAGGGACGAACCCGGCUCUUCGGUUCCAGAUUCCAACGAAGGAUUCAGCGGUGUGCGCGCGCGGCUCGGAAGAGAGUGGCGCGGCGCGGCCGCCAGAGCGUUGCGCGGAGGGGGCAGAGAGUGACUGGCAGAAUGUCACGUGGCAUAGGUGUGGAGAAGAUUCGCUGUCGCUGCAAUUUCCGAUGGAAGAACUGGAAGCGGAAGCGGAGCGGGAAUUGGAGAGAAGAGCGGAAGGGAACGGGAGACUAGCGGAAACAAUACAAACCUCUCAGAGGAACAGGAUACACGAAUCCGGCUGGAGAGCGGAAGCGGAAGGCAGUGCGGAAACGGAAGGCGCGACGUUCGGCAUUGCGGCCAGAGGGCGGGCCCAAUCCGUUCCGCCGGAAGGAUGGAGAAUGGCGACCAGCGGAACCGCCGACUUUGAGGCCAUGCGUGCGCCGGGCUUGGUGGCGACGGAUCAUCUGCAGCAGCGGAUUUCUAGUCGCCUGGAAACAGAAAGAGGCGAAGAAAGGAACGGCGAUUAUUUGAGAGACGUCCAGCCCCUGAGCCUGUUUCCAGAGCAAGCGGGAUCCGUGCACGACGGGCGUGUUUCGGAACCGGUGAUUCCGACCUGGGAGGAUGAGAGAGUAGCCCGGUUGUCUCUCGGGGACCAGAAUCCUACCCAAACCCCCCUCCUCUGGAAUCCGCCCGCGGCUGAGUACCCAAGCUUUGCGCUGCGGCUCGGCCAAUCACAAAACGGCGCGGCCGCGAGCGACAUCGCGAGCGCGCGCGGUCGACCAUCGGGCGCGGUGCCCGCGGCCGAGACUCAGAGCGGCCGCGGAGGACUGGAAGCCGCGGGCACGUUGCCGCGCGGGUUUGACAGCCUCGCGCGCGGUGCACUGGAGGACGGGGCCGUCCCGCAGCAUGAGAUGAUAGAAAGCGCGGGCGGCGAAGCGGAGGACGCGGCCGCGUCGCGCUUCGGUAGCACGCGGGGCGAUCUAACGGGGGCGCGCCCGCGUCUUGCGUCACGCAGGGCGUCGGUCCCCGAAGCAAGGGAGCCGGAAUUACUUCGAACUUGGAGUCUGGAUCCUGAGAGGGCUGGUGAGGUGUCCGGGAGCAUUCCCGUGUCCCAGAAAUAUCGAACGCGCGAUUUUGGCUGUGGGCAACAAAGUGUGACCGAGCAAGAGCUUCCGGGAACCGGUCGGGAAUGGCGAGAGGGGCAGCCAAGGCCAGAGGAGCGUCCGCACUCUGCGAGCGUAAAGAGAAGGGUCGCUUCUGAGGACGAAACCGUGGGCUUUGACGAAGCGGGCGAGUACCUGCGGCGCGGACUGCCCCAGAAGCGCCACGUCAGCACCUGGGGCGAGCCGGUGCAUCCAGCCUUGCCGGCGCCGAGAAACGAGGGCAAGGGCGUGGAAAGCCCGGCAGCCUACACGUGUCGCUUCUGUGGGCUGACGUUCCUCCAGUCGGCGGCCCUUGGGGGCCACAUGAGCUGUCACAGGGAAGGUAGGAAUGGGAAAUUCAAAGUGGCAGGAUAA